CAAACCUCAUUAAUAAUAAUAAGUAACUAAUUAACCGAACUCCCUUUCUUCCCAAAAUUCUCCAGGCUCGCCAAGGCGGUCGGAAUAAAACUCCUCCGCCUCGGCCAGCCUUUUGUUUUUUUUUUUUUAUUUACAUGCAUUAUUAUUAUUAAUUAGCCAUGGCCAGCGAAGAAUGUUUUCAUCGCCGCUUGAAGCCGAUAUCGACACAGAUGUCAUUAUCCUCGUCGUCCGGGGAAUCGGAACCGGAACCGGAGGAAAGGCAGCUGAUAGAGCGGGCACCGCCGUUCUGGAGGAAUCCGAGAGGGAAGAAGAAGCUUUCCAAACAGCUUUCCAUGUGCGAGACUCCCCGUGACGUGGCCUGGGAACGGCGGAGGCGCCAGAUUCUGCUUCAGGAGAGGAACCGGAACGGGAUUCAUAACGACGCCGGCGACGACCUGACGGACGAGGAUUUGAACGAGCUGAGAGGGAGCAUCGAGUUGGGAUUUGGAUUCAAUGAGGAACAGGGAAUGAGGCUUUGCCGUACGUUGCCGGCUUUGGAUCUUUAUUUUGCGGUGAACCGUCAGUUUUCUCCCUCCAGUCCGGUCUUGAUGUCUCCUGUUACUCCUCGCGGCAAUUCCUCACCGGCAUCCACCACGUUGCUCGGUGGUUCCUCCGGUGGUUGCGGUGGUGGGUCUUCGUCGUCUUCCUCGUCUUCUUCGUUGUUGACUUCUUCUGUUGGAAGUUCGCCGUCAAAUUCUUUAGGACAGAGAUCGUCGUCGUUCGGGAGUCCCCGGAGCGAUACCACCGAUUCUUGGAAGAUUUUGAGCCCAGGUGAUGAUCCUGAACAAGUGAAAACAAAGUUGAGGCAUUGGGCACAGGCGGUUGCAUGCUCAGUCAUGCAAUCAUAUUAAUUGGAGGUUGAAAAAAAAAACAGAAAAAAAGGAAGGGAAAAUCAAGCAGUCAAAGACAUAGGAAAAAGAGAGAGAGAGAGAGAGAUCGAGAAAGCAGAGAUGAUACGAGCGAGACCAAGUUCACGAAGGACGACCCACAUAUGCAUAUUGCAGCCAUUUCCAAAAGGUUGGGGGUAAUUAAUUAGGGUUUUUCUUCUAGUAAAAACAUUAGAAAUGGUGCAGUUGUAAAUGGCAUUGAUUGGGUGAUCAUCUCCUUCUUGAAAGAGCGAAGCAAAGUAGCUACCGUCGGAUUCUGUACACUCCGGCGCCGGCGAGCAUGCAUGCAAGCAUGGACGACAAUGAAAUAUGCAUGCAUUCAGAAAAACUUUGCUUGGUCGCCAUGGAUCUCCUCUAUAUAUCACUUUGAGACACUUUUUUCUUUCAUUCUUUUUUUUUUUAAAAAAAAAAAUGGUUUUUGUUCCCAGUUUUCUUUGUUCUUUAAACUAGGGGUUGUUUUUAUGUAUACUUGAGUGAGAGGAAACCCAAGUCAGGAUUACAACAAAUGGCCUGCAUGCUUUUCUAGCACCAGUUGCUAGCCAGCAAUAUAUAAAUUGUGUUGAAGGGAAGAAAUUAGGACAUAGUAUUAAACAUUGAUGAUCAUCUCUGUUCAAGGUGAGCAACCAUCGAUCCUUGAAGAAGAUCCCUUGUCCUUGUGGGGCCGGAUAGUUUCACGAUGAUGAUUACACUUUGCGCGGACAUGCAGAUCGACGAUGAUUGACCAAUUUAUCUUCUCUUCAUAGCUGGCUAGCUUUUGUGGAAAUUAAGGAAAAAGGGAAAUAGAAUAUUGUGUUUGAGGCCUUUUACGGAUCAAGUUUCCUGUUGUGUUACCGAAAGUGGUUCCUCCCAUGUACGUACGUACUAAAGUUUUGCUAGUACGCAUGUGUUCCAAAUUUAAACAAGUACAGUCAUUCUUUUCCUAAGUAUAAAUACUCAUUAUGUCCUAAAAUUAUUAUUCA